ACCUCGGCGUUGGCUUUCGUAGCCAGUGCUCAAGACAAUACAUGUUCGACAGACCUCGAUUCCUUGACUGUCACGAACGUCGACGAUGUUCGCGGCAAUUUGAACCUGGUUGCUACUACCGCAAGUGGCACGGAUGUCACAUGGAACAGUAGCGACGAGUCUAUCAUCUCGAACAGCGGCGUCGUCCAAAGACAAAAUACCACGACACAAGUUCAGUUGACUGCCACCAUCGAUUGCAACGGAACACCAGCCAGCCGACAGUUCUCUGCUUCGGUUCGCCAGGCAGCUAAUAUUGGUGCUUUCGAGGGCUAUGCAUUUGCAUACUUCACCAACAACUCUUUGUCCGGCGAAAACAUCUACUUCGCGGCCAGUAACGGCAACGACGCUCUGUCGUGGACAGAGCUCAAUGGUGCACAGCCGAUUCUCAAGUCGACCUUCGGCACGAAAGGACUUCGCGAUCCAUUCAUCAUUCGCUCUCGCGAGGGCGACACCUUCUACCUCAUCGCGACUGAUCUUUCGAUCGGGUCCGGAACUUCUUGGGGCGACUCCGUCAAGUUUGGAAGCCGUUACCUCGAGGUAUGGGAGUCUCACGACCUCAAGACAUGGUCUGAACAGCGCCACGUCUUGGUCUCACCUGCUGAAGCUGGAAAUACUUGGGCUCCUGAGGCUUACUACGAUCAAGACAUUGGUGCUUAUGUCGUCUUUUGGGCAUCUUCUCUCUACAACUCGACGGACGUUGAUCGUGUCGGAGCAACUUACCACCGCAUGAUCGAGCCGCAGAUUUGGCAAGACGUUGGUAUGUCACGCAUCGACUCCACUGUCAUAAAGGAGGGUGACACCUAUUAUCGUUUUACAAAGGACGAAGGCGCUGGUGAGACUGGCUGCACCGACAUCAUCGAAGAGAAGUCGACUUCACUCAGAGCAACUGCAGACUCUUGGUCUCUGGUCGAUAGUUGCAUUGGUAANAAGGCCGGCACUCAGGGCGUUGAAGGCCCAACCGCGUUCAAGUCGAACCCUGGCGAUGUUAAUGGAGAUAACUUCUACUUGUUUGUCGACGAAUAUGGUGGUCGUGGUUACAUUCCACUUCAAACCAAGAAUAUCGCAAGCCCCAACUGGACGGUCCCAGCAUCAUACAAGCUUCCCCCAAGCCCCAGACAUGGAACUGUCCUUCCCAUCACUGCCGCUGAGCUUGCCAGCCUAACGGCAGCAGACACUGCCAAAACUUCAUCGAUCGCUAGUCGUGCAUCUGGAGGCUCACCAGUACUCAAGGGCUACUUUGCUGAUCCCAACAUUGCUGUGUUCAACAAGACUUACUACAUCUACGCGACCACUGAUGGUUUCCCUGGUUGGGGUGGCCAGGCAUUCUAUGCGUGGAGCUCACCAAACCUAGUAAACUGGACUCGCAGCGAGAAGCCAUUCCUCACCCUCAACGGCACCCACGGCAAUGUUCCAUGGGCAACUGGCAACGCUUGGGCUCCGACCAUCAUUGAAAGACAUGGCAAAUACUACUUCUACUUUAGCGGUCAGAAUCCCACCUACGACAGAAAGACCAUUGGCGUCGCUAUCGCAGACUCGCCUACUGGCCCCUUCACCGCACAACCCACUGCCAUGAUACUCAACAACGAGCGUCUCACCACAGGUCAAGCUAUUGACUCUGAUGCCUUCUUAGAUCCUGUGAGCGGCAAAUACUACCUACUGUGGGGCAACGGUAGCCCACUCCUUGCUGAGUUGAAUGACAACAUGACUUCGAUAAACUGGUCCACAGCACAAAACAUCACCGGUCUGGUGGACUUCCGCGAAGGUCUCUUCAUCAACUACCGCAAGGGUCUCUAUCACAUCACCUACUCCCUCGACGACACAGGCUCUGAGAAUUAUCGUGUCGGCUAUGCAACUUCUACUUCCCUUACUGGAAAGUAUACUUAUCAUGGUAUCGUGUUGCAGAAAGAUGUCAGUCAAGGAAUCUUGGCUACUGGACAUGAUUCGAUCAUCAAUGUGCCUGGGACAGACAAGUGGUACAUGGCUUACCACCGUUUCGCUAUCCCGGGCGGUGAUGGCACGCACAGAGAAGUGACGAUUGAUAAGGUUACCUUUGAUGCUAAGACAGGGCUGAUGCAUACUGUUGUGCCUACGCUCAGUAGUGUAGAGGCUUUCCCUGUUCCUGCAAAG